UAUCGCUUCCAGAGCGACUCCUACUUCCGUGUUGUCCCUCAAUGUAAAGCAGUCCUAUUACAGGAAGCUGUAGCCUAAUCUGUAGGGGUUAAUCCGGCGCAGUUUACAGUGUGCCCUUGAUCGACCCUCUUUCAAUGUAAUUUGAUGAAGUGAAGGAGCAGCGAUUUCGGAGAAUACGGACGAUAUAAACUACAUGUAGCAAAAACAGAAGAUUCAAUCGCUGCCCACGUCAGAGGAACUGCGGUACAUUAGCGGAAGAAUGCCAGCGGGUGUGUGUGGCUGCUGUGGACCCCUGAGGCCCAGGUACAAACGCCUGGUUGAUAACAUCUUCCCAGAGGACCCCAAAGAUGGCCUGUCCAAGUCAGACAUGGAGAAGCUCACCUUCUACGCGGUUUCAGCCCCGGAGAAGUUGGACAGGAUUGGUGCCUACCUGGCGGAGCGACUGAGCCGAGAUGUGGUCCGCCACCGCUACGGGUACGUAGUCAUCGCCAUGGAGGCUCUGGACCAGCUCCUGAUGGCAUGUCACUCCCAGAGCAUCAAGCCCUUUGUGGAGAGCUUCCUCCACAUGGUGGCCAAGCUGCUGGAGUCCCGGGAGCCAGACCUGCAGGUCCUGGGGACCAACUCGUUUGUCAAGUUUGCCAACAUCGAGGAGGACACACCAUCCUACCACCGGCGCUAUGACUUCUUUGUCUCCCAGUUCAGCGCCAUGUGCCACUCAACCCAUGAAGACCCUGAGACCAGAACCAGGAUCCGUGUGGCCGGUAUCAAAGGGCUGCAGGGUGUGGUGAGGAAGACGGUGAACGAUGAGCUUCAGGCCAUCAUCUGGGAGCCCCAGCACAUGGACAAACUCAUCCCCUCCAUGCUGUUCAACAUGCAGGAUGCUGAGGACCUAGACAGGGUGGGCCCACCCGGCACGCCUUCGGAGACAGGGCAGGAUGGUGAGGAAAACCCAGCGUCUCUGGCCGAGAGCUGCUUCAGAGAGCUGCUGGGAAGAGCCGCCUACGGCAACAUGAACAACGCCGUCCGCCCUGUACUAGUUCAUCUGGACAACCACCGGCUGUGGGAGCCCAACGAGUUUGCUGUUUCCUGUUUCCGGAUCAUCAUGUACUCCAUACAGGCCCAACACUCCCACCACGUCAUACAGCAGGUCCUGGGCCACCUGGACACGCACAACAAGAACACCCCUCGCAUGAGGGCCGGCAUCGUGCAGGUCCUUCUCGAGACGGUCGCCAUAGCAGCCAAAGGCUCCGUCGGACUGACCCGUUCCAACAAACAUACAUAUGACAGUGCAUACACUGUUGACCCAAACUCCCAAACCUUAUCCCCACCAAAUCUCUGGUUAGGCCCUACGGUGCUGGAGGUGUUCAACACCCUGCUCAAGCACCUGCGGAUGAGUGUGGACUUUGAGCUGGGUGAGAACUCCAGACGGAACUCUGGCGCCAGUGUGUCCUCGUCCGGACGGGUCAAGGAGAGCGAGGAGCGCAUUGUCCAGAACGCCAUCAUCCAGACAAUUGGGUUCUUUGGUGGCAACCUGCCAGACUACCAGCGCGCGGAGGUGAUGAUGUUCAUCAUGGGCAAGGUGCCCGUGUAUGGCACCCCCUGCCACACCCUGGACACUGUGAAGAUUGGGCACCAGGGCACCAAGCGUAUCCAGGCCAUGCUGCUGAGCUCGCUCAUCAUGGUGACCUCUGGUUUCAAGUCCAAGACCAUGGUGGCGGCGCUGCCCGCACCCUUCCUGGACCCACUUUUCUCCAUUUCACUCAUGGAGGACUGCGAGCUUCGCCAGUUGGUCCUUGAGAUCCUGCUCAACAUCAUCGAUCGCCACGACAACCGCGCCAAGCUGCGGGGCAUCAGGAUCAUUCCUAAUGUGGCGGCCUUGAAGAUAAAGAGGGAGAAGAUAUCGAAACAAGACGUUGGGUUCAUGAAAAAGCAUGGGCAGCAGUUGUACCGUCACAUCUACCUGGGCUGUAAGGAGGAGGACAACGGUCACAAGAACUUCGAGCUGCUCUUCACUACCCUGGCCGUGCUCACCAUCGAGCUGGCCAAUGAGGAGGUGGUGGUGGACCUCAUCAGGCUGGCUCUUGCCCUGCAGGAUAUGUCCUUGGCUAAUGAGGAGAACAUGCCCAUGGUCAUCCGCUGUGGCAUCAUGGCACUGGUGGCGGCCUACCUGAACUUCCUUAGUCAGAUGAUCGCCAACCCAGCCUUCUGUCAACACGUCAGCAAGGUGAUUGAGAUGAGGAAUCUGGAGGCCCCUUACCUCCUCCCUGAGCACAUCUUCAGAGAGAAGUGUCCGCUUCCAAAUUGUCUUGAGAAGGAAGACCGGAGCCUAUAUUUCCAGACGGUUGACCUGGCGGAGUGCCUGGUGGCGCCAGGAUACAACGCUGAGCGUCUCUCAAUCCCCUACGUCCCCCAAGUGACAGAUGAAGACCGCCUCACCCGAAGAAAGAGUUUGGUUGACACCAUUUCUCUUCAAGUGGAUUUCCCUUCCGAUAGCCUACCAGACAAGUCUCUGCUGGCUGAGGAGAUCACCUUCGAGACUCUGAAAAAGGCCAUUGACACCACAGGGUUGGAGGAGCAGGAGAAGGAGAAGAGGCGCCAGGUCAUGGAGAAGUUCCAGAAGGCUCCAUUUGAGGAGAUUGCCGCCCACUGCGAGUCCAAGGCCAAUAUGUUACAUGACAGACUGGCACAAAUCUUCGAGCUCACUAUCCGGCCCCCUCCCAGCCCCUCUGGGGUGGUGUCUAUCUCUGCGGGCCACGCUCAACACCAGUCUGUCCCUGUCUACGAGAUGAAGUUCCCCGACCUGUGUGUCUACUAGAUCAAAGACCAGCCACCAACGCCUUGCAUCCUCAACCCUGACCACUAACCAUACCCAGACCUGUGUGUCUACUGGAGCAAAGACGACCACAUAACCCUUACCCUAACCACUAACACAUUGUAGCCUCAACCCUAACCCAUUUCCUAACCCCUUCAGAUCUGCAUGUCUAUUAAAGCAAAAACAGUGUCAGGAUAGAACCACGGUAAGGUAGCUCAGUUGGUAGAGCAUGGCGCUUGUAACGCCAGGGUAGUGGGUUCGAUCCCCGGGACCACCCAUACGUAGAAUGUAUGCACACAUGACUGUAAGUCGCUUUGCAUAAAAGCGUCUGCUAAAUGGCAUAUAUUAUUAUUAUUAUUAUUAUAUAUUACUAAAACCCUAUACCCUCAACCCUACCCCCUAAGUCUGCUCCUUAGCCCUAUAUAUACCAGAUAUGUCAGCCACAGCAGAGACUAGCUGUGAUACUCUACCACUAAGCCCGAAUACUGUGUUCCCUAUUUCUUAACACUGCACAUUGUUCCUGCCCCUCCUCAGACUAAUGUGUCUAUUACCAGAUGAGAUGGCUGUAUGACUGUAGUUUCCAGUCACACGCACACAGUCGACACGCACGUGAACGUGCGCGCACACACGCACAUUCGUAUUUAUAGUCUAAUCAGUUAGCUGUGGUGUGUUGGCUUAGACACUUGGAAAGUGGAGAUGUCGUAGAACAUCGAAAAGUGAACAUUACUGGAGGCACAUUGUCGUUUCAAAGAUGCCACCGCACUUGCUAGCGAAGAGAUUUGUAGUGGCUAAUUAACAGUAAAUAAGUUUGUUUUGCCACAGUUAGCCAAGAGGCUUACCUAGCCAGCUAAAAUAGUUUACAGCUAGUUAGCAAUCGUUUAGAAAAAACUAUUUUGCUAGCAACAUAGUGCUGCCGUGUUAAUUAUAACCGGUCUCACAAAAUGUGUCUCCAAUUGUGUACCUUUUCCCAUUGUGUAUGUCCAUGCAUUUCUGUGCAUAAGUCAUUUUAAACCAAUUCAUAUAUGUUAAUCUGUGUGGACAAGGUGAAUUUCAGGUAGAACAUUGAGAGUCUUGUAAAUGUGGAAAUUCUAUUCUGGAAUAGACAUCUUGGUGGAUUGAGCAGGGUUCUUUAUUGCAGGUCCAUUAUGGCAGUGUUUCAAAAAAUGUUGGGUAUGAGACCAGGCUAGUAACGCCCCCCUGUUAUGUUAUGGUCUUGGCUUUUGGUUCCUUCCAUAGGAAUCCAGUCACCACUGUUCAAAACCUACUGGAGUCAUGCCCUUCAGGACCUGUACUGAGGAAUGGUAUUGUGGACCAGCUAACGCUAAUAGAAAAGCAAUCAGUUGAUGACUAAAGGCACCAUGUCAUUUAGUUGAUAUAUUGAUAGUUUAGGAUAGUAGCCAAGUGCAUUCACCUGUUUUGGUAUUAAUUGAAGUGUUCGGGCAGCUGUACUUCACUUCACCAUCUUUUUCAUAGCACUUUCACAAUAUGGUACAAAAACAUGUAGUUAUUUUUAUUACACCCUCUUGACAAGAUUCAUGUGAAGGCUAUUAAGUCGUCUUUUUCUUCUCAAUCCUCUCACCGACGCUGAACACAAUACAAAACAUUCUAACGCAAUGGACUUUGGAUAGUUGCAUCUAUUUUCUUGUAAGGCAUUUUUACAUGAACAUUUAGAGAUUUUUCAUUAUUGAUUAUCACAUUUCAAAUAUCUGUCAUUUCUCUUUCCAGUAAAUUUGAGGAACCUGCAAUUUGACAUGACGUAUUGGUUUGAUAUCACAAUGCAUCAAAUAAAUAUAGAUACAGUAUAUACAAUGUUAUGCUUAUUGCUAUAGGCCAGAUGUUUGUGUGCAGUAUAAUUGGUAUUGUUCACAUGGGUUUCAUAGCUUGCAGCUUCCUGUGGAUAUGUGUCAUGAUGAUUUGUCUUGAUUUAGUAUUGAUUGUUAUUUAGAGUAUGUGGGAAAAUAUAAUUGAGAGGGUUCACCAAUAUCAUUUUCCAACUUACCUGGCAGGACAAGAUCUGUCAUAACUCUGUUGGCCAUCUAGAAUACCAAAACGCUUUCAUCUUUACCAAAGAAUCCAUUUCCCACGGCCCCCAUCCGUCCCCUCCCUCCCUCUAACGUCUUUAUAACGAUGUCACUCAACAUUUUGUUUCUGAGGGAACCAAAUAUCUGUCUGUGUGCUGUUUGGGGCCACUGGGCUGUUUAAUAACCCAGGUUGUUAUCUUACUAUUGUUACAUCCGGACUUGGUGUCUCUCCUGUUUCUAGUGGUAUGAUGCAGACAUGCUGUGUAAAACGCUGCAUUAGUCAAGGAAAAAAGGUCCUCGAUUUGCGGUUGUCGGAUUAUAACAGAUUAUUUUGGAAGGACCCAUCUAAGCAAAGGACCAUUCGGCGAAGGGGUGGGCGUAGUUCAGUCCUACAGACGUUAGUGUCAGGGAGGGGGUCUUACAGUCCUCCCAAACAAGACGCUCUAAUAAUGAUUAUGAGGCCGUUUGAAAAGAGGCUUCAGCGAUAUGGGUGAUGCUGAGAUGGUUAAUGGCGUGGGCUCAAAUUGAAGAAUAGAGAGGCUAAAGUGAUGUUGGUUAUCAAAAGGUUCUCUGUGAUGGCAUCCUGUUGUGCCUUCUGUAACAGGAUACCGCGGAACGUUGCUGUGGGUGGUCUUGUAUGUUCAAGGUGGUUUCAUGUUAAGGGUUAAGUCUCGCUCAGCCAGGCGUUCAGUCUCAGGUAACCUGAGCCACUGAGAGACUUGAGUCCAGCUUGCGAGACUAGUGGAUCAAAAUGGGUUAGUAAGGUGAGGAAAGACGGCGGGCGGUACGGUGUAUGAUUGUAAAUGGGAAUCACUAAGGUGAUUAGUGGACACUAGCUUCAUCCAUUUUAAUUGCCUGGUGGCAGAAAAUGACCUUUUGGGAAGUAGCCUCUUGGAUUAUAUAUAUAUAUAUAUUAUAUAGCUAACAUGGUACUUUAUGACUCAGACCUAAGCCACUUGUGAAACAGAUAAAUAACACAUUUGGCACAGAUGAUUGGCCCUCAAACAGAUUUUCCAAUUGUUUUUCAAUCGUGACUGGGUUGUCGAGAUUGCUGCCUAAGCUAAGAAACUUUCGGGAACCUCACCCAAGAGCAGCAUAAGACAAUAAUGUUCAUCCAUAUCCAUUGUCGAAUGGAACAUUUUUAUUUUUGUCUGAGACCUUUUGCUCAUUUUGACCUAAUAUGUAGAAAUGCCCCUAUUGAUGCAUAUAAUCUGAAGUCGUAUCAGAAAUGUGUCGUCUCAUUCAUGGCGAAGUGCAAUAUGUUCUCUGUAUGGUUAUAGGAUUGUUUUUCUUUUGCAACACGUAAUGUCUUAUCUCGAACUGUGGUGUCACUUCAGAUAGCAUAUUACUACGAGUUUAUCGAGAGAUUCAUUAUGAAAUAUCAAGUGUGCAUGUAUAACCUAUGGGAUUUAUGACAUGAGGAAUGUAGACCAUACAGCAUCAUUGACUGAGAUCGAGUGCCAGUCUGUUUUUUGCUAUCAUUCCACAUUCCCUGUCACUCAUUGGCUUGACAAUGACUGCAAUGGAGUAGACAAGAGCACAAACAGGUCUGGGACUAGGCUAUCAUUUACUUUCUUUAUGCUGAAUUUGUCAAUAGUCUAAUAUGGUAUGUUUUUUUUAUAGAUAUUCAUCAUACGAGUGGCAUGUUGCCUGAUAGAAAAUGGGUUGGGAGUCCUUCUGUUUAUUGUUCAAAAUCAGCACUCCACUUAACUUGAAACGGUGCAUUUAUGCUGAAUUUGUCAAUAGUCUAAUAUGGUAUGUUUUUUUUUUUUUAUAGAUAUUCAUCAUACGAGUGGCAUGUUGCCUGAUAGAAAAUGGGUUGGGAGUUCUUCUGUUUAUUUUUCAAAAUCAGCACUCCACUUAACUUGAAACGGUGCAAUGGGAGAACACUGUUUUGGCUAAACCAGCAUUUUUGAAGUGUGAUGUAUUAUUGGUGUUUUGAGACGCCCCCAUGUGUGCUGGUUUUCCUUCCAACAUAUCUACGAAAUCUUUCCUGAAGGACAAAAUCCUGACAAAAGUUGGGUUUAAUGCCAGAUACAAUUCAAUCUUCAAUAAGCGAUUUAAGUCUUGUGUGGAUAAGGAGAUGAGUUUCCAUGAAAACCAGCAACCACAGGGGGGGUCUGAAGACCUGGUUUGACAAAAGGCUUCGCUGUGGUGAAGAGGCUGCAGGGAUAUUGAGUCCAUUUUCUCUAGUUAUUACAAUGACGAGAUAGAGAAUAGUGAUUAUAGACUGAAAUGAACAGUAUAACAAUUACAUCACUUUGUGUAAUAAAUAAGUGUUUUGUUGUUGUUGUA